AGGAGGUUUACCACUUUGCCAAAUACAAAAUAAAUACAAAGAUACUUUUACUUUUAUCAAUAUACUACUCAUAUCAUAAUAAUAUUUCCAUCACUAUUGAAAAAAAAAGAAAAACAUCUGUUAUUUUCCGGUGACAAUAGAGUCAAUUACACCUUAAUAUGUCUGUGAAAAACAAUGAUGUUUCACUUCAAGGCUGAAGCUGGUCUGGUCUGGGCUCAGUAAAAUUUGCCUAACCACAAUAUGAACACCAAGACGAUCACGUACCUGAAUUAAUUCACCCACAUUUUUUCAUUUUGAUUUACCUAACAUUGAUUCAAUGGCCGCCAACUGCCUCCCGCCGGCCCAGGUAACGGAAAGCGGUCGACCUGUUCUCCUUCCGGACGAAAUCGAGUCCUACCUUCUCUCCUCAGUCGACCUUGAAUGCGAAGAACUCCCCAAUUUCCCAAUCCUCAAGUCAGGUCUCCUCUCUCUCACAACUCACCGUCUUCUAUGGCUCCCGGAAUCCAUUGCCGCUGCCGCUUCGCCCUCAGCCAUCCCUCUUGCCGCCAUCACGCACAUAUUCUCUCCCAAGAAAUCACUCCGCGCCAUGUGGUCCUCACCGAGAGUCCGCUUCCAGGUCUCGGUCUCAUCCGAUGGCCGGGUCAUCGGUUUGGGUUCAAGUUCUGGUGCGGGUUCGAGAUCGGUGGUGGUUACCUUAGUAGUGCGUGGGAAGGGAGAUAUCGACGCGUUUCUGGCUAAGUUCUGGGAGAGCUGGAGAGGUAGGGCGUGGGAGAGUCAGAGUGCCGUUUCGAGCUCUGGUUCUGGUCCAGUCUCCAAUUCUCAGCCUGGUCCGAGUUCUAGCGGGUUGUAUUCUAGUGAAGGGACGGUGAGAAUGGUGGGUGUGUCGGGAAUACUGAGGAAAGAGCAGGAGAUGUGGGAGAGUACUGAUAAGAGCUUGCAGGAUGCUUUUCAGGAUUUGAAUGCCCUUAUGAGUAAGGCCAAAGAGAUGGUGAUGCUAGCAGAGAAGAUGAGACAGAAACUCUUAUCUGGCUCAAACUCUCAAACUGGUGCAUCAAAUGAUGAGGAAAUGGGCUCCAAACAAGAGAUGCAAGAUUGGAUGUUGAGUAUUGGUAUUAUUUCUCCUGUUACUAAAGAGUCUGCCGGUGCUUUGUACCACCAACAAUUAGCUCGUCAGUUGGCAGAUUUUGUCAAAAUUCCUCUUGAGAAAAGUGGAGGAAUGAUUAAUCUUAUCGAUAUCUACUGUCUUUUCAAUCGUGCCAGAGGAACAGAACUGAUCUCACCAGAGGAUUUGCUGCAAGCAUGCUCUCUAUGGGAGAAGUUUGACGUACCAGUAAUGCUUCGCAAGUUUGAUAGUGGAGUCAGGGUCAUCCAGAAUAAGUCCCAUAGUGAUGAGGAGGUUUUUGCUAGAAUCAAGACCCUUGUGACAAAACCUGAUGCUCUACGAAUUGGGAUAAGUGCCAGUGAUGCUGCAAUGACCUUAGGUAUUGCACCAGCCAUGGCUAAGGAGCAUCUUCUUACUGCUGAAAGUAGAGGUAUCCUGUGCAGAGAUGUGAGCCCUGAUGGCUUCCGAUUUUAUAUAAACCUCUUCUACGAAUUUGAUCCAAAUGACGUCUACUUAGUGAAGGAUUACGGGGUCUAUGCUACCUGGAUAAAAGCCGUCUCUGCUUCUUGAUGUGAGUUGUUCAAUCCUUGACCCCCUUGAAUAGCUGAAAAAUCCAUUUUUUGAAGACCUUGAACUCAAACCCAGCCAGUUUGGCCUCAUUUAUCCUUCUAUUCCACCUUAAAAUUUUCCAAAAUUCUUACUUGGGGAGUUUUUGUACCUGAGAGGGAUUAAUCCCAUUUUAUACAUCAUGAACUCCAAUGGUAUAGGAUUACACCACAACACAGCUUCAUUUUGGUCCUCUUUGCCUGGGGCUAGUACAUGUCUAUAUGCGGUUCAAUAAACUUGGAUUUUUGUAGUUUUGUUGAUGGGAGAACUCACAGGCCGAAUUAUUAUGUAAUUCUAUUUUAUUUUGUUUUUUUAGUAAGUUGUAACAUAAUAGAAAAGAAAUAAUACCAAUUUUUACAUUGAUUGACUUCAUUGGUACUUGGUGUAUGAUUAAUGCACCAAAUAAAGAAGCAUAAUUAAGGUGUCAAGUGAUGAUUUGUAUCAAAUUUUGUACCUCAAUCUCCAAUCUUAUAGUGAUUGCUUAAACUUUCUCGCUCUUAAUUUGAUUUUUCUUUUGACAUUA